AUGCCACCCCAACCCUACGACCAACCCAUCCGCGACAUCACCAACUACAUCCACCACCACCCCAUCACAGACCCCGACGCCUACGCCGCCGCCCGCAUCGCCCUCCUCGACGCCCUCGGCUGCGCCAUCGAAACCGCCUCCAAGAGUCCCGCCGCGCGACAACUCCUCGGCCCUAUCGUCCCGGGCACCAUCGUCCCGAAUGGAUUUAAAGUCCCGGGCACGGCGUACCAGGUUGAUCCCGUCAAGGGGGCGUUUGAUUUAGGUGUGUUGGUUCGGUAUCUCGAUCAUAAUGAUGCUCUGGGGGGGAUGGAGUGGGGACAUCCGUCUGGUAGGUUCCCUCUUCCUAUCCUAACAUACAUAUACCAUCUAUCCCAUGAUGAGAAUGAUAAUGACGAUGGUGGAAUAGAUAACAUCCCCGCCCUCCUAUCCAUAACCUCCUACCUCAGUCUCACCCAACCCCCCCCAUCCCAGGUCCCCCCCAACUCAACCCCCUCCCCCCCAAAUCCAACACUCCACACCCUCCUCUCAACCCUCAUAAAAACCUACGAAAUCCAAUCCCACUACCAACUGCACAACGCCUUCAACACCUACAACAUCGACCACACCAUCCUGACCAAACUCGCCUCCACCGCCCUCGUCUCCUACCUUCUCGGCCACCCGCCCGCAACCACCCACGCCCUGCUCUCGCACGUCUGGAUGGACGGCCAUCCGUCCCGGCUGUAUCGGUCCCGAGGGACCACAGUGCCGAGGAAGGGUUGGGCCGCGGGGGAUGCGUGUAGUCGGGCGGUGUGGUUGGGGUUGCUUGGGGAUAGGGCGGGGGUGGCGAUGGAGGGGGUUCCGGGGGUGUUGAGUGGGCCUGGUGGGUUCUGGGAGGGGAGGUUUGGGGGUGAUGGGUUUAGGUUCCCCGACUGCGAGGGGGGGAUUGGGAUGGGAUGUGAGACGGUCAAGAGGGUGAUGUAUAAGGUGAUGCCGGUUGAGGGGCAUGGGAUUGCGGCGGUGGAGGCUGCUCUGGUGCAGGCGGGACGGAUGAGGGGGAUGGGGGUCGGGGUGGAGGAGGUGGAGGGGGUGGAGGUCAGGACGACGUGGGCGGCGGGACAUAUUAUUUCGAGACCGGGUAGAGGAGGGGGGAAGGGGGAGGGACGGGCGGAACGGGAUCAUUGUUUGGAGUUUGUGGUUGCGGUGGCGUUGGUGAAGGGGGGGCCGUUGGUGGUGGAGGAUUAUGGGGAUCGGGAGGAAGGGGGGUGGGGGGAUGAUCCGGUCGUGGAGGAGGUGAGGGGGAGGGUGGUGGUCAGGGUCGAUGAGGGGUUGACGAGGGAUUAUCUCGAUCCCGGGAAGAGGAGUAUUGGGGCUGGCGUGGUGGUGAGGUUGCAAGGGGGGAGGGUGUUGGAGGAGGUCCUGGUGGAGUAUCCUGUGGGACAUGCGAGGAAUCUGAAGACGAGGGAGGAGGUGAGGAAGAAGUUUGUGAGGAAUAUGAGGUUGAUGUUUAGGGAUGAGGAGAUUGAGGAGGUGUUGAGGUUGGUGGAGGUCGAUGAUUUGAAGGUGUGUGAGUUUGUGGAUUUGUUUGCCAGAGAGCAUAGUGACAGUGGGGAGGACAAGGCGAAGCUGUAG